AUGCCCGCCUCAUUUAUGGCGGCGGUCACUUGGGGCGGCGACAAAUGGAAUACGAAUACACCGUCCGGACUGUAUGUUGAUAAGGAUAUUUAUUCACCGCAGACGCGUGGUAUAAGGAAAGAUGAAGCCAGUAUUAUCGGCUCCGCCGAGGAUGUAAAAAAUGAUGGGAAAGGUGCCAAUUGUGGAAAUGCUGGGAACAUACAUCCAGCUAGUGUUAAAGAUGGACAGACUAGCAACGCUCAUGAUGAUAACGAUGGAAGUAGUCGAUACGAUAAAUUAGGAGAAAAUGGCAACGGCAAUGGUGCUGCAAAAAAUGGUGACUAUGAUGAUAAUGAAAAUGAUAAUAAUGAAGGGGAAAAUAAAGGUGCUAGUCGACACAAACGAAAUGAAUCACGUGGCCAGGGAAAUCACGGAGGUCAUGGAGGCAAUGGUGGUAAAGGUAGUAGCGGUGGCAGAGGCGGUCCUGGUGGAGGUGGAAAAGGAGGUAAAAAUCCGGGUGGGCGACCUCGGCGUUCAGAAGACAAUGUAGAUAAUCCUGAAGAAGUUGGAGACCAUUAUAGCAACGCUCAGGGUAGUAAUAAUGGUGAAAAUGACAAAGGCGUAUCGAAUGAAAGCGAAAAAGACACUGUAGGAGCAGCUAAUACAAGUGGAAACGAUCAUGGCUCAGAUAAAAACUAUGGAAAGAGUAACGGAGAUAACGAAUCAGGUGCUAAAGGAAAACAUGACGGUGACGAUAAGGACAGUUCCGAUGCAGAUACUAAAGCACAAUCCGAAGAUAGUGUGAAAGAUGUAGACCACUCUAGCGGUGAUGGUGAGAACGACAGUGAUUCGAGUGAAAACGAAAAAAGCCCUCCUGUUAAAAAUAAGGACCGUGUUGAUGAACGAAAAGCUGACGAAGACAGCAAUGAUUCUGAUCGUAAUCAAAAUGAGAAUAAAGAUGGUAGUCGUCAUAGACGUGACAAAGGAAAUCAAGGGGGUCAUGGUGACAAAGGUGCCCCAAAUUAUGAUGGUACGGGUAGGCACCGACGAUCUAAAGAUAAUAUAAAACAAUCCGAAGAUAAAGACAAUGAUAAUAACAACGGCGAUUCAAGUGAAAGCAAAGAAAGCUCGUCACCUGGUGAAAAUAGUACUGAUGUUGUCCAAGAUAGUAAAAGCGACGAAGACAGCGAUGACUCAGUAAGUAAUGAAAAGGAGAAUGAUGAUGUCAGGCAAAGACGGGACAAUUCACAGAGUAAAGGAAAUCAUGGUCAUGGAGCAGACAAACGCGUUCCAAAUACAGGCGGUAAAGUUAGGCGCCGACGAUCCGUAGACAAUGUAGAACAUUCCGAAGUCAAAGAUGGGAACGAAGGCAAUGCUCAAGGUGAGAAAAACAAUGACUCAGGUGAAACUGAAGCAACAUCUGUUAAAAAUAACGACCAAACUGAUGACCAAGAAAGUGACAGUGAUGGAGACGGCAAUUUAGAUAACAAUGAAAAGUCUAAUAAUACAAGCGGAGACUCUCCUGUUGAAAAUAACGACCAUGAUGUUGAUGGUGACCAAGAAAGUAGCAAUGGUGGCGACGGCCAUUCAGAUAAUAAUGAAAAGGAGAACAAUAAAAGCGGAGACUCUCCCGUUGAAAAUAACGACCAUGAUGUUGAUGGUGACCAAGGAAGUAGCAAUGGUGGCGACGGCCAUUCAGAUAACGAAAAGGAGGAUAAAGAUGGUGUUCGCUACACACGCACACUACCUGUAGAACAAAGCACAUGGACAUAUUUAUUUUUGAAGUUGCUUAGUAUUUUUGGUAUUAUUUAA